UUUCUUUAAGCCAAUAAACCCUUUUUCCUUCUAUCACUCACUAUUUCCCAUCCUACGGCUCUUACUACAUACAUCUCGGUUGCAUUUUCCAGAACCCACUGGGCUCACUGGUUCUGGUCCCACGGUGGUCCUCCACGGUGGUGGUUCAUACUGGUCCCACAGCGCUGCCCUCCCACCGACCAGCAGCACAGCAGACCGAGGAGGUGUGACCGGAGUCGGCUCAGAGUCGGCCGAAACAGCGCAGUAUAACCCAAGUUUCUGUUGGUGGUCCACAACAACAGCAACCGUGCCCCGCCGCGCCCCCACCCCCAGCGGCGCCGUCAUGUGGCAGGAGGCCAGAAAACACGAGCGCAAGCUUCGUGGUAUGAUGGUCGACUACAAGCGACGUGGCGAGCGCCGGCGCGAGUACUACGAGAAGAUCAAAAAGGACCCUGCCCAGUUCCUGCAGGUCCAUGGCCGAGCCUACAAGAUCCACCUGGACCCGGCCGUGGCCCUGGCUGCUGAGAGCCCCAUCAACAUGAUGCCCUGGCAAGGAGACGCCAACAACAUGAUUGACAGGUUCGACGUCAGGGCCCACCUGGACUACAUCCCCACCUACACCCCCCCCCUGCUCAGCAGCAGCAGCCCCGACCAGGAGUCAGACGAGAGGAAGUGUAACUACGAACGCUACCGAGGGCUGGUGCAGAACGACUUCGCCACCAUCUCUGAAGAGCAGUGCCUGUACCAGAUCUACCUGGACGAGCUCUACGGUGGCCUGCCACGACCAAACGAAGACGAAAAGAAAAAGCUGGCGGAGAAGAAGGCCACCAUUGGCUACACAUACGAGGACAGCACCGUGGAGGAACCCGAGCCCACCUCAGACAAGGACGAGGAGAACUCUGAGGAGGAGGAAUCAGAGGAGGACGAAGGCAUCCCAGAUAUCGACGUGGAGGUGGAUGUGGACGAGCUGAACAUCGAACAGGAGCUGGACCUGAAUAAGAUCGCCACCCCCUACGGCAUGGCAGAAGGAGACUUCGUCAGGAUGCUGAGGAAGGACAAGGAGGAGGUGGAGGCCAUCAAGCACGCCAAGGCCCUGGAGGCGGAGAAGGCCAUGUACUCGGGCCGUCGCUCCCGGCGACAGAGGAGGGAGUUCAGGGAGAAGCGGCUGAAGGGACGUCAGAUCAGCCCGCCCAGCUACGCCAGGAGGGACAGUCCCACGUACGACCCCUACAAGAGGCCGGAGUCGGAGUCCGACUCUGAGUCGCGGUCGCGGUCUCGCUCCCCAGGUCCGGAGAAGAUCACCUUCAUCACCAGCUUCGGGGGGAGCGACGAAGAGGCGGCGGCGGCGGCGGCGGCUGCAGCGGCGGCGGCGGCGGCGGCGGCGGCGGUUGCGGCGGCGGCGGCUCCUCCAAGCUCUAGCCACGCCCCCGUCCACUCGCAGCACCCUGCAGGUCAUAGCAGGGGCUCCCGGAGACGAAGGUCGUCCUCCAGCCGUUCCCCGUCCUCCUCCUCGCGCUCCUCCUCGCGCUCCUCCUCCCGCUCGUCCUCGCGGCGAGCGCGGCGGGGGCGGGGCAGCGGGGGGCGGGACGGACGGCGCUCCCGCACGCGCUCCCCCUCCCCCUCCCGGCGGCGCUCCGGGUCGAGGGGCGGAGCCAGAGGGGGGAACGGCAGCGGCGGCUCCUGGAGGAGGCGGGAGCGCACGCGCACGCCGUCGCGCUCCCGGGAGCGGGAGCGCGACAGAGAGAGGGAGCGGGAGCGCGACCGAGAGCGGGACAGAGAGCGGGAGCGUGACAGAGAGCGGGAGCGGGACAGAGAGCGGGACAAGAGGCGGUAUUCCGGCCGCCGGCAGACCAGGUCCCGCUCCGGCUCCAGGCAGAGGGCCGCCUCCAGGCACGGGGGGCGGAGCUCCGGGGGCCACCGGCGGGGAGGAAGCAGCAGCCCCAGCCCCUCCCCCUCCCCCUCCCGACCCCCCCGGAGCCCCUCCCCCUCCCACAGGGGGUCCCUGACCUCGGGCGGCCUCGACAAGCUAAGGAAGCCUGACACUCCGUGCGGUAAAGAGUCUGGAGCUUCCAAACCCAAGAUGACCCCCCAGGAGAAGCUGAAGAUUCGCAUGCAGAAGGCCCUCAACAGGCAGUCCAAGGCGGAUAAGAAGGCAGCUCAGGCCAAGAUCCAGAGCCAGGAGAACAAGAGACAGGAACGGGAAGGAGAGCUGCGGGCCAUGGCGCGCAAGAUACGCAUGAAGGAACGAGAGAGGCGCGAGAAGGAGAGGGACGAGUGGGAGAAACAAUAUGGCCGCCAGAGCCACUCCCCCUCCCCGUCCAAAUAUGGCCGUGACCACAGCUCUUCCAGAAGCAGGAGGUCUCGUUCCCGCUCCAGGAGUCCGUACCACAGGUACUGACAGCGCAGAGACCUGCUCUACAGCACCACCUACCUGCCAGCCCAGGAACCACAGGGCUGGACCCGCCCACCGGAGGGAGGACGAGCCCAUUGGCUAGGAGAGGGCUGGGGGCGGGCUUAUUGGCUCGGAGAGGGCUGGGGGUCGGCUGAUUGGCUGGGAGAGGGCUUGGGGCGGGCUGAUUGGCUGGGAGAGGGCUGGGGGCGGGCUAAUUGGCGAGGGGACCGGCUGAAUGGCUGAGACUCCUUCUGGUUCGCUGCUUCUCAAGCCGUAGAUCCUAUGGAACUAUUAUGUGUAUCGUGUCUUAACUAUGAGCUCACACACCGGAGAGAGGUGGGGGGGGGGUCAGCAUAUGUUCUUGAGUCUGGUGGGAGAAGCAUCUGAUUGGACACUGGGCCUGGGCACUGCCCGGUAGGUUCAUGUCCACCAACGCUGAUGUGUCAUUGGACCGUCAGGUGAUGCCGAACCCCCUCCCCUCUGGGUCCGCCUAUAGAACAGGGGCUCUUGCAAACAGGUCACAUCAAAUUAUUAGUUUUUCUUGACAACCUUACAUCUACUAGAGAAGAGUAAAGAGUUCUGGUCAAUUUAAUGCAAAUAAUUUAAUGUUUGAUUUUUUCUAUAAUCCAUCCAAUCAUGGGUUUUCCCACAAUAUGAUGUUGUACGUCGUACAUUUUCCAAUAAAUUGGUCUUGAACGAAA